AUCUGAACCAGCUUCUCAUUUUCUAUUGCUACUCCUUUCUCUAGCUCUCUUCCUCUGCAGUCUAUCUCAUAUCUAGCAAUGGAGAUUAGAACACCAAACACCAUCUCAUCUUCUCUUCCAGUAGCUGGAUUUGUUGGGAUCCCAAUAUUUCACAGAAUUCUCAAUUGGGUAUUUCAGAUGCCAUAUUCAAGUUUUCUAUCUCUUCUCCAACUCAAACAUGGUUUUGGGAUCAAUGAACCAAACCAUUGGUUUGAGAUAAAAAACCACUGUCCUGAAGUACUAGCAAGCAAGCAGGCCUUUUGGGAAGAUAAAGAAGGCGAUGAUGGGAAAUUAAGGAGAAAAGAUUUGGAAGUGGUGAUGGAGAAGUUGGGAAUAUUUUGUAACCCAAAUGAUGAGACAGCUCAAGAGAGAUUAGGAUGUGAGGAGUUUUCAGUUAUGUUUGAAGAUGAGGAGCCAAGCUUGGAGGAGGUGAAGGACGCCUUUGAUGUGUUUGAUCAGAACAGAGAUGGAUUCAUAGACGCAAUGGAGUUACAGAGAGUUCUUCACUGUUUGGGUUUGUGCAGGGGAGGAUUCAAGAUGGAGGAAUGCAAGAGAAUGAUGGAAAACUUUGACACAAACAAAGAUGGAAGGAUAGAUUUCAACGAAUUUCUGAAACUUAUGGAGAGCAGCUUCCAGUUAAUGCACAGACUUGGGUGAAUUUAGAGUUAACGAAUUUCUGAAACUUUAUGGAUUUAUUGCAAAAGAAUGUAACUCUUUCAAUCUUGCAAUAGAAACGAAGCUCCUCUGUGUUGUUAUUUAUAGAUGUAAAAAUUGUCCGCAGCCGCUGCACCAGUGCAGUGAGCAUCCGGAGGCUGAACGCCCCUUUAGGGCAUGUGUACAAAUGUUCUUAGUCAUCCGAUGCUGCUCACCACUCCAUUAAUCUUUGACUUGUGUAAUCUGGACAUUCCUCCCCCCAAUGAAUAUAAUUUGCUCUUAAUUCA